GUGCAUACAAGGGGGAGGGGUCGUGUCAGAGUUCGGGCGGGUGACGUUGCCUUGGAGACGGGGGAUACAAUAUGGCGCCCUGACAGCUGUCUGUGGUCGCUAGGACAGCGCUUAAGUCGAGUGGAGCGAACCCGCAGCUCAGUUCUUAUCCCCAUAGCUGAGUAUGUGAGAGGGAGUCACCGUGGGAUGCCAGGAUGAACAGAUAUAAGACAAUUGGUAAAAUAGGUGAAGGCACAUUUUCUGAAGUUUUGAAGAUACAGAGUUUGAGAGAUGGAAACUACUAUGCAUGUAAAAAGAUGAAACAACUAUAUAAAAGCCUGGAACAGGUGAACAGUCUACGGGAAAUACAAGCUUUAAGAAGACUUAGCCCUCAUCCGCAUAUCCUAACGUUGCAGGAAGUCGUUUUUGACCGGAAAUCUGGCAGUCUUUCUCUGAUAUGUGAGCUAAUGGACAUGAAUAUCUAUGAGUUAAUCAGAGGGAGAAGACAUCCAUUGCCUGAAAACAAGAUAAAAAAUUAUAUGUAUCAACUCUGCAAAUCACUUGAGCACAUACACAGAAACGGAAUCUUUCAUCGAGAUGUGAAACCAGAAAAUAUUCUAAUUAAGCAAGACAUUCUAAAACUUGGAGACUUCGGUUCAUGUCGCAGUGUAUUUUCCAAACAGCCGUACACAGAGUAUAUUUCAACAAGAUGGUAUCGUGCUCCAGAGUGCCUUCUCACAGAUGGGUAUUAUACCUAUAAAAUGGACAUAUGGAGUGCUGGAUGUGUCUUCUUUGAAAUCUCAAGUCUUCAUCCACUCUUCCCUGGGUCCAAUGAACUAGAUCAGAUUGCAAAAAUUCAUGAUGUCCUAGGAACACCAGCUUCAGCCAUACUGAAAAAAUUUAAACAGUCAAGGGCAAUGAGUUUUGAUUUUCCAUCCAAGAAAGGAAAAGGGAUAUCCAGAUUGAUACCCAGCAUCUCACCUGAAGGUGUAUCCUUGAUGUGUGCAAUGUUAGCAUACGAUCCUGAUGACAGACUAAGUGCCUACCAAGCUCUCCAGCAUGUGUACUUCACAGAACCCAGAACAUUAGAAAACAAAUCUCUGCAUCGUAAAAUAGGAAUAAUCGACAAAACGUAUAUGGCAGAAUCAAUGAACUAUUUGCUGCGGAUUGCAGGACAGGGCCAAAGGCAGCAGACAAACAAAAUACAAGUAUCUCCCAUCCGGCAUCACGGACCUACCUUUCCAGUUGAACUGCCAAAGCUUAAUGUCCCUGGAGUAACAAAGACUAUGUCCUUCCCUGUUCAUAAGUUUCAGCCGGUUUUCCCCAGUCCUGGAAACAACGGAAAACUUCCAGUACUUUCAAGCAUGAAGUACAUUGACACCAAGACUCUGAAACCAUAUCAGUUACCUUCUAUUGGAAGAAAAGGUGCUGGGUUUUGAUGAUAUCUAUGCACAACUUACCCAAAGUUUCUACAUGAGCUGUGCCUUCCUUAAAACUGAAAGACCUCAGUCAGAGGUGCCUUUUGAUUUGAGGGUGUACCAGCCAAUAAAGAGCCAAGAUUUUUUUUUUCCCAUA